AUGGCCGCCGCAACCACUCUAUCCUCGCAGGAGCAACCCUCCAACUUUGCCCUCCAGCAAUAUCUAGUUCUUCAAUCUCAACAUGAGGAGCUCCGCCAGCACCUGGACACGAUCCGCCCCAUGACGACCUCCAACACCUCGCUCUCCUCAUCACCGUCCGUGUCCCCGACGCGCAGCACCUGCUCGCCCUUUGGCCAGUACCCCAACGGCGGCGGCGGUAAGAGGCACCACAGCCGAAGCCGUCGCUCGUCGCUAUCGAGCCCCAAGACCCGCCGCAGCAGCUCACUCGCGCCCAUCGCGGACGAGACCACCAUCUGGGCGGUCGCCGAGGAAGAGCAGCGCCUCUUUGACGUCAACGAGGGCAUGAAGCGGGCUCUGAUGGAGCUCCUCAACUGCGAGCAGGUGCGGAGCGACAGCUCGUUUCGCAUGUGGGUGCAGUGCCGUCUUAUGGACACGGAAAAGGAACUUCGUUCUGAGAGACGACGCAAGAGCGCGCCAUGA